GAGAGAGAUGGAUAUAGAAAAAAAUUGCGUGGCCGGGUCGACAGAGAUAGAUAUAAGGAAGGUCCACGAGGCCAAGUCGACAGAAAUGGUCGGUGAGGUCGCGUUGGCAAAGAUGGAUAAAGAAGAGGCUGGCGAGGCUGCGUCUGCCAAAGUGGCCGGCGUGGUCGCAUCGGCGGAGAUGGAUAUAGAAAAGGUCAGGGAGGCUGCAUCGGCGAAAAUGGUCGGUGUGGUUGCGACGACGGAGAUGGCUAUAGAAAAGGUCGGCGAGGCCACGGCAAAAAUGGUCAGUGCGGUCACGUCGACCGAGAUGGAUAUAGAAAAGGUUGGCGAGGCCGUGUCGGCAAAAGUGGUUGGUGCAGUCUCGUCGGCGGAGAUGGCUAUAGUAAAGGUUGGCGAUACUGCGUCAAAAAUGGUUAGUGCGGUCACGUCGGGCGAGAUGGAAAUGGAAACGGUCGGCGAGGCCGCGGCAAUAAUGGUAGGUGCGGUUGCCACGGCAGGGAUGAUUAUAGCAAAGGUCAGCGAGGCCGCAUCGGCAGAGAUAGAUAUAGAAAAGGUCCGUGACGCCGCGUCGGCUCACUACCGGGGCUUGCCGGAGGACCAGAAGCAGGCUGCCGUGAGGUUUUUCAAGGCCAUGGACACAGACAAGAGCGGCAACAUAAGCAUCGACGAGUUCAUCACCUUCUUAGGCCUUUUCGGGUUUCAAAGCGACAACCAUGAAUGGCUCUUCGCAAAGCUGGACAAGGACGACAACGGCACCCUCGAUUUCAAUGAGAUGGUCACCUUCUUCUACAUCCUCAGCCGCGACGAGUACAAACAUCUAUUAGACAGCAGGCCAAGUACCGAUGUACCCCGUCGCAAGUUGAGAUUUGGCCUUCGGAAGCGCGGAGCUAAUAACCAAAAGUUGGACAGGGGUGAACUCGCCCAACUGUACAAGAAGUUGCGGGGCGCGUACAAGCUUCGAAACUGGGUGAACGAAAACCUAUGCUACAUCCUCUAGGAAAUCGACGAGCACCGUCGCUGGUUGUUAAGGUUUCUGUGUUGCUAUCGGUGUGCUUGUGUGUUUUAGGUAUUGGAAAUGAAGAAGCUUUUCGUUUGAUCUUGUUAAAUUCUGGCCCGAGUUUCCUCGGGCAUGCUCUGGAGACCAAGUAAUAGAGUGAAGUUCAGUCUC